UUACAUCAUGCAGCUCGGCCAGGGUAUGUCCCGGCGGCUUCGUCCGCGCUUCCACACAGGACUGGCCGUGUUUAGCAUCAAUGUACCCCCUACCCUGUGGAGACACCUGGAGGCGCUGCUCACAGGGUAUGGGGGUACUGCGACACGGCAGUACUGCGUCAGCAGAGCCGGACUGCGGAGUGUGAGGGUGACCAUCCCGGACAUCACCACAGCACAGCGGAUCUGGUCACCUGCCCGAAGAGACGGCACCAACUACCUGUGCCGCCGCCACUUUCAGAGGGCGAGACACAUCGGGCAGGAUGGCCAGAUCCACUACACAUCAACCUUCCAAGGGUACAGUGCUGUGGUGGUGUCCAGCCUAACACCAGUGGUGGUCACCUCUCACCUCCGCACCGGCAUUACAACGUGUAGUUUCUUUCGCCAGAACUACACGGAGGGUGGCCUUGCAAUCAACACCUCACUGCAGGCCACCCUCAACUCUGCUGACGCAGUACUGCAUUAAUACCUAUCUAGA